GUUUGGUCGUGAGCAGACGGAGACCUUUUUGCAGAGAAACAAAUUGGCUUUACUUUUGAGGAGCCAUGAGGUGCCGGAUAAUCAUAAUUUUGCGAUGCUAGCAGGUGGAGGUCAAAAUGCGCCGGCUUAUAAUCCAAACGGUACAAGAACAACAGCUGCAUCCAGAGUCGGUGGAUGUCCAACCAGUUCUUCCACCUCUCAACUCCAGAGCUACGUGGAUGGCAUUUUUGGCGCUGGUGCUGCGAAUAGUCUCUUCGGCCCUCUGAUUAAUAUUAAGGCUUCAGGUAAUCCAUCUCGUCCAGAAGCAUCUCGGGGCCUCUUCCUAAAAUGGAAAAGCAAGGCCAGGAUGACUUUCUUCAAGAUGGAUAAUUCCAGGAGGCUCUACUAAUAUGAAUAAUCCUGCCACAACUACAACACCGCCUAGUACUGGCGGAAACAGCAUGCUUCGCGGUCCAGGGUAUCAGUCUUGGCAUGGUGGUCAGUGCUACACAAUCUUUUCUGCUUCGAAUUACUGUGGAACCACUGGCAAUCGCGGAGCCGUGGGCUUGUUGACAAGAACUAUUGCACCUGCUCGCACUAGUUUCUGGGACCAUGAUUCUCAUCUUGAUUUAAGGGUCAACUUUCAAUGGUCAUUGGGGUUGGUCACUGAGAUCGAAGAGGCGGCGCCUUGAGAGAACAGGGGAAAACGAAGGGAAAGGGGAGAGCUUUGAAGGGGGUCAGUCUCUUCCGUUCAGAGUCAGUGGCCAUUGAAUGCUGAGCUUUAAUUGAUGCGUCAACAUCUGGUGCUGCUCGUGGUGGUGGUAUUGACAGGAGUAGCACAUCACCUACACCUACAACUAUGCCUUUUCUUGGAGGUGUUGCGCCUCGUUCUGCUGCACAGACUGGUGAAGAAAAGUCUAAUGCUGAAGUAGGAGAGUUUCGAAAAAGAAUAUGGCACCAGAUGAAUAUCGAGGAAGGAGACCGCAAGGACACCUUCUUGGACGACACAGGAGAG